AUGGCCCAAAAGAUCCUCCCUGACGCCAGCUACGAGCACAUGGACAUCCGUUUUGACAUGAAUGUGAGGAUUUUCGCCUUUUUCUGCGGGAAACUUGACUUGUUGCAGAAUGCCAAGAAUUAUUGGCAAAUGCAAAACUUGCGGGAAAUUUGAAAGUUUUGAUGAUGAGAUUGCUGCAAAAUAAAAAUUUAGGGUAUUUAGAGGAUUAUAAAGAGAAUUUAGUUUGAAAUACCCGAAUUUACUAUCAAAUUUAUAUUACACUUGACUUCAGAUCGCCUCCAGAACAAAUCAAGUUCCAGAAUACGAAAUCAUCUUGAACCUAAAGCUCAAAUCCGGCGAGACCAAGCAGUAUUCGAUGAAAGCCGAUGACAUAAAGUUGUUGGAUGGGGAGCUCACCAAAAUUGUUUCACAUUUUCCAAAGUGCCGGAGAUAUCGCUGA